CGCUGCGCAGCCUGUGUGCCAUGAUCGCAACGGCGCUGGAAUCCAGUAUUUACACCGCAGUAUUGACGCUCACAAACGCUUUGGACUGUCAUCGAGGACAUGGGACCGUGAAAGUAUGGCGGAUGCUGAGGAGCCGGAGACGAAAAGAAGGCGAAUAGAGGACCUGACUGAGAAGUUAGUGACGAAUGCUAAAUCGAGAAUGGCUGUUGAUAGUGCACACAAGGACAGUGCUUGUGACUGGCAUGGCCGAUGGAGCCAUGUGAGGAAGUUCCUGGAGAGACCUGGCCCAUUCACCCAUCCCGACUUUGAGCCAAGUACUGAGUCAUUACAAUUCCUGUUGGAUACGUGCAAGAUUUUAGUCAUCGGAGCUGGUGGACUUGGAUGUGAACUUCUUAAAAAUCUGGCGUUGUCUGGGUUUCGCCUCAUCCACGUCGUUGACAUGGACACGAUUGAUGUCUCAAACCUCAACAGGCAGUUUCUUUUCAGGCCCAAAGACAUUGGACGGCCAAAGGCGGAUGUGGCCGCUGACUUCAUCAACCAUAGAGUCCCAGGAUGCCAAGUCGUGCCACAUUUCAACAAAAUUCAAGAUUUCGACACGUCAUUUUAUAAACAGUUCCACAUCAUCGUCUGUGGGCUGGAUUCCAUCAUUGCCAGGCGUUGGAUGAACGGGAUGCUGAUCUCCAUCCUGAUAUACGAAGACGGGGUUCUGGAUCCCAGCUCUAUCAUCCCGCUCAUUGACGGCGGCACCGAAGGCUUCAAGGGCAACGCCCGUGUCAUCCUGCCGGGCAUGACUGCAUGCAUCGACUGUACCCUGGAGCUGUACCCACCGCAGAUAAAUUUCCCAAUGUGCACUAUUGCCUCGAUGCCGCGGCUGCCGGAGCACUGCGUAGAGUAUGGCAGGAUGAUUCAGUGGCCUAAAGAGAAGCCCUUUGGAGAUAACGCGUUAGAUGGUGAUGACCCAGAGCACAUCCGGUGGGUGUUUGAGAGAGCAGAGGAGCGAGCCGCCCAGUUCAGCAUCACAGGAGUGACCUACAGACUAACGCAGGGCGUGGUGAAGCGGAUCAUCCCUGCCGUGGCCUCCACCAACGCUGUCAUCGCUGCUGCCUGCGCCACAGAAGUUUUUAAAAUUGCAUCAAGCGCAUAUAUUCCAUUAAAUAAUUACCUGGUCUUCAACGAUGUGGACGGCUUGUACUCCUACACGUUUGAAGCUGAGCGGAAGGACAACUGCUCAGCCUGCAGCCAGGUGCCUCAAGACCUUCAGUUCCCACCCUCCGCAAAACUCCAGGAAGUGCUGGAGUAUCUGACGGAGAGUUCCUCCUUACAAAUGAAGUCCCCAGCCAUCACCACGACCCUCGAAGGGAAAAACAAGACGUUAUAUUUACAGUCUGUCAAAUCCAUUGAGGAGCGGACGCGGCCCAAUCUCUGCAAAACCCUGAAAGAGCUGGGACUGUCGGACGGGCAGGAGUUAGCGGUGGCGGACGUCACGACUCCUCAAACGGUUCUUUUCAAGCUCAAUUUCACCCCCUGAACGUUCAGAGCGACUCUGCGUCGACGCAAGAGCCGCCACGCACCCUAACACCAGGCACCCUGGGGCAGGUUCUCCUGAGCAACGGUGUCAACUGUCUUUUCUCCAAUGCACUGAAGUGGUCCACAGGAUCCCAACGGACAUCCUUUAAAAUAUCAGUCGAACAAGUCACUUUGUUUGUUGAUAAUAUUCUGUAGGGUUUUUAUAUAUUCUGUUGUCUUGUGUUGUCUCACACAAACAUGCUUUUGCGCAAGGUCAAUUUAAUAAGAUGUAAUGAGUGUACGUGCAUUAAGAUGUAAUAAAAAGCGAUGGCAAAUGUCAAAUGACCUUCA